CUCGCCGUGUCGGUGCAACUGCAGUUUUUGUCGUGUCCGUCGGGAUAUUUCCCACACUAUCAGCUUGACUCCACUGCACUGACCACGCACGAAUUGCGAGUACAGCCCCAUUCCGCCUACAUACUGCUGCGUUGACUUCUGCGGAACAUAUUCAGGGUUUUCCCCGCGAUACCCUUCACUGGCAGAAGUGGACCGAGUUCGUGCGCGCCUCUGGACGCUUGGAGUUGACCCCGCUGAAAAGCAGCCUUAUCUGCUCCCUUCAUUUCGAGCGUGCAUGCUAUAAAGAAAACCCGCUGGACUUUACGCAGUCCGAUUUUCCACCAAGACGAUGUGCCCUCAGGCCUGGUGCUGUGCCGACUAUUUACGCCGCCUUGUGUCCUGCUCCAUUGCCCAAGUGUCCUCAACGACAGUCGUGCUCGUACACGGAGCGUGAGCCAGCUGCCCCCCAUCCCGGGUCGAUGGACCUCAACGCUGACUACGAGAUAAACGAGGCCGCAAAUGCAUCAGGUGAAGUAAAGCUGGCUGCACCAUCCCAGUGCUUCGUUGAAGUUUGUUCCAAGGCCACUCAUGUGGCUCUGAAGGCUACAACAAAAUCUGCAAAGGUGCAAGCAAGCCGAACUGUCAAGGAAGUGGCAUGCCAGACUGAUUUGGAAUUGCCGGACAUCCUGUUGAUGGAGGAAAUGCGUCAGCGGUGUUCUACACCUUUAUGUUCAGAGCCAUCCAUGACCCAUGAAGACAACACUUAUGACAAGACAUGUGAGCCUACAUUGAACAGCUCAGUGGCAUCCUCAGGUGAACCUCUUGCAGCUAGGAAGAUCAUUGUGUACGAGGAAUGCCUGCUGCAGGUAUUCCAAACUUGCAAGACUUGUGGCUUCCCUGCUGAACCUUCACUACAGGUGAAAGGUUCUCUUUUCACUGUUUCUGUGAUAUGCCAGGAAAAGCAUGUCAACAUCUGGCACAGUCAGCAGAAGAAAGGGAAGCUCACGGAGAAGAAGGCUCAAGAGCUGCAUGAUGCCGGUUCCCUAUUGUCAGCUUCGUCGCAGUGCAUCAAUGGUAUGCGAUGCAGCGUACGCAAUGUGCUGCGGUGA